AUGAGGCUGCUCACUGAAGCGAGGAGUAGUCUGCUUAUUUAACCUUCAGCUGAGCGCCUUGAGAGCUGGCAUCAUUUCAGUGACACUAUCUCAGCAUCACAAAUCAGCCCAACCUGUCUGAUUAUGACAAAAUAUUGGCUUAAAGAAAGACACUACAACAAAAUGUCUCUGCAGGUUUAUGUUGAUGAUAUUCUGGAAGAAUGUUGUGUAUAAUUCACUGUGUUGUACAGUAUAUUUGUGCACUCCUUAUGCUGUGGUUAUUUUUUCAUAAGGAUACUAAAAAAUUCGGGCAUGUAGAGUAGGUAGACUAUUCCCAAUGUACCCGAUAAUACCAAUAAGAUAUGUGAGAGAAUGCUACAGAAUCUCAUCACCUCACUCAUAAAUUAGAUUCACCAUACCUAGAACCAGAAGGCUUCUGCAGGAAAAUCCACAUUUAUGAGAAGUCUCACCCAGGAGAUGCAUCUGUGAGGGUUUAUGUUAUGCUGAAGAUAAGCAGCUGGUUUGUAAGGUCAUGCUGGAAGUCCACAGUUAAAAACUUACACAUGGACACGAUCCAGGCAGCAAUGUUAAUUGUACAGAAAAUUAUUCUCAGGUCCUGGGAGACACCAGGAGAGUCUUCGUUUCACGACUGAAUAACAGAGUUAGCAAAAGUUGCUGGGUAUGAGAAAAUGUCAUACAGGAUGUGGAAUGGUGCAGAAAAAUAUUUAUAUUUCAAGUGUGAAGUGAAAAGAUGAGGUGGGAGUUUUGCUUUGGCUCAUUCUCUUAGAAUUGUAUUGUUUCUUUUUUCUUUUUAUUAAUAAGAAAGCCACUUUGUUACUUGGUUGAUCCCUCUUGUUGCAAUGUGUGUGGGUGGAGAUGUGAUAUGGGAGAGUUUUGUGUUUGGAAAUAUGCUGUAUUUUUUUUUGUAAAUGAGCAGUGCUGAUGUUGUGCAUGAUUGUAAAAACGACACAUGGUGGAUACUUGACAGCAGAUUCCAGUAUUUGUAAUGUCAAUAUACUGUGAUUUGACCACUUUUAGCCAACAGAAGAAUAAAGGAUUUAGUAUUUCUCCAAGAGAAUUUAAUUCCUGGCAGUGUGGAGAGGGCUUUUAAGCCUUCGUGCUGGGAAAUAUUUUGCAGAAAAUGCAACUGAUCAAAAAUUCAAGUAGUUAAAUAAAUGUAUGAUGGGGUUGUUUUGGGAAGACUGACUCAUGAUCUUUUUAAAACCUACCUCUUUAGCCUUGCCUUUGAUUAGAAUGUUUUAUAGCCUUCAUAUAUUAUCUUCAAUAUAAAAUACUUGAAUGGUUUAACCCUUCUUAUCAGUUUGUCAGUCAUCUAUAAAGCAUUAUUGAUACUGAUUAUCUCAGUAUUUGUUCAUUCCUGGGCAUGACCCAGAUGAAUAAAGUGACAUAAAUCAUCAUCAUCAUCAUCAUCAUCAUGAUGCUGGGACCUCUUGGAAACCCUUUGACGACCUCAGGGGCACCCCGGACCCUACGUUGGGAACCACUAAUGAUCUGCCAUAAUCUAUAUACUCCGUAUAGACAGGCGGGUCCCUGGCAGACAGGUGGCGCUGGUUGACCGGCAGUGAUGGGUCGGCCAGUCGGGAGGAACAGAAGUUUGUUCUGCGCUGUGUUUUUACGCAGGCGCAGAUCAUGCUGUUUGUCCAGUUUCGCUGGUUGACUUUUACCUGUGAGAGAGAGGGAGAGAGAGACUAGUUUCGGUUCGCCGGUGGGAAUAAAGAACAACGACCUCCGAACUCCGCUCCGGUCCAGAGGUGAUAAGACUUCCCUCCUCCCUUCCCCGGCCCCGUGUGACUCAGGGGUUCCCGUUGCGGAGCGUCGGACGGGAUUUCUCCGGGAUUUUAGAGUCGGUGCGCAACAGCGAGCCAAGUAGGAGGCAGGUGCACAGGAGAGGACAGGACAGGGGGAGGAGGAGGGCUGCCUGUAUUUCCGUGACAGAGUCCUGUCGUCCACACCGGACCGAAUGACUGGAAAUCAACUGGUUGGCGCCUCUGUGGUCGAUCUGUGUUAGUUUCAUUAGUAUGCGGCUGGAAUCCCCACGCUGCUGCCGACAUCCAGCCUGAGGACUGAUCGGCAGCCCUGAAGUCUCCGCCGUGCCUGCUGAGUGACUCCUCGCCCCGGGGAGGACGAGGAGGAGGAGGCGGCGGCAGCAGAAGCAGGACCCCGGCUUCAGCGACUGUUGAGUGGAGCAGUCUUCACGGACACAACACGGACCUCCUCGCCUCGUGGAUCAGGAAGAUGAUGGGCUUUCUGCGCCGGACGUUCAGCCGCCGCUCUCGGAGCCGCUUCCAGGCGAGAGACAGGGACGAGCGGGACGGUAAAGGGGGAGGAGGGGGAGGAGGAGGGGUGACCGGGAACCCCCUGCUCCUGGCCCAUCAGCAGCAGGUCGUACACGCGCCCGCCGUGGUCGCCGGGGGGGCGUCGGUUCACAUCCCUGCGGCCGGGACGGCGAGGACCACCAUCACCUGUCGCGUCCUGCUGCUGGACGGCUCGGAUGUCAAUGUGGAUUUGCCUAGCAAAUCCAAAGGCCAGGACCUUUUUGACCAGAUCAUGUAUCACAUAGAUCUGGUUGAGACAGACUACUUUGGACUGCAGUUCAUGGACACAGACCAAGUCUCACACUGGCUGGAUAUGUCCAAGCUUAUAAAGAAGCAGAUCCGAGACGGGCCUCCUUACAGACUCUUCUUCAGAGUGAAAUUUUACUCAUCGGAGCCAAACAACCUGCGUGAGGAAUUUACAAGGUAUCUGUUUGUGUUGCAGCUUCGGCAGGACAUUCUGUCCGGCAAACUGAAGUGUCCGUAUGAUGUCUCAGUAGAGCUUGCUGCCUAUUGUUUACAAAGUGAGCUGGGAGACUGUGAUCCCUUGGAUCACUCUCCUGAGCUGGUGUCUGAGUUUCGUUUCACUCCCAAACAGAGCGAGGCCAUGGAGGCGGACAUCUUCAGCCAGUGGCUGGAGCUCAGGGGAAAGAGCCCGUCUCAAGCAGAGAUUUCUUUUCUCAACAAAUGCAAGUGGCUGGAACUUUACGGAGUAGAUAUGCACUUUGUCAAGGGCAGAGAUGGAGGAGAAUAUGCACUAGGUCUCACUCCUACUGGUAUCUUAGUAUUUGAGGGCUCCAACAAAAUCGGCCUCUUCUUUUGGCCCAAAAUCACUCGCCUGGACUUUAAAAAGAGUCGACUCACGUUGGUUGUGGUGGAGGACGAUGAUCAGGGGCGGGAGCAGGAGCAUACGUUUGUGUUCCAGCUGGCCAGCGCCAAGAGCUGCAAACACCUGUGGAAGUGUGCUGUGGAGAGCCAUGCCUUCUUCCGACUAAGACAACCAGCCACAGGCAAAGCCAGCCGCAGCGACUUCACACGACUCGGGUCCCGCUUCAGAUUCAGUGGUAAGACAGAAUAUCAGGCCACUCACGGAGGCAGACUGAGGAGAGCCAGCACGUUCGAGAGAAGGCCGAGCAAGCGAUACCCCUCCCGCACACACUCGCUGGGCAAAGUUGCCAUUUCUCCAGCCAAGCCCCCACAUAUCAGCUCUCACGCCAGCCCUGAUCCCAGCCUGCAUCCAUACCAACGCAACAUUCCUAUUGGCCACGAGCCGUGGCACACGCCCCACCCCGCUCUCACACCUCCAGUUUACCUGCAGCCCUCCGGACACACGCCACCACACAGUUUCCCUCUGAGUGGUCCCGCCUCAGACCAUCAGUUCAGCAUCGAGGAGAAUGAGACUUCGUAUUCUGGCAAGAUCCACCACCAUCACCGACGCCACACACACAGCCACGACACGCUCUGUCACACACACACCAAGAACAAACGCCGAACUCCUCCCUGCCCAGCGGAUGAGUUGGACAUCUCUCAGUCUCUGCUCAAGGCUCUGGAGUCAGACAGCGAUUCUCCUCCCUGGCCCUCAUUGCACAUCAACAUGGACAACAAGGGAGAGGAGAAGCAGCUGUCUGAAAAGUCUUUGCACCCUCCUGCCUCCCCGGUGAUCAUCCCUGACCACCUUAAAUGUAACAUCCUCAAAGCCCAGAUGGAGGCAGCUUUCAGGAAGGAGGCUCCAACAACACCCAGAGGAAAGAACUCAAAUGAGACCCUCAACGACAGGUACCAGAGCUCAUCCCAAGACUCAGCUGCAUCCAGUCUGACUGCAGACAAGACGCCCCACCGGCAAGACCGCAACCCAACGCCAGAGAGGCUGCAACCCAAAGCUAACCCAAGCAGCAACCGCAGGAAACGACUGGUCAGACAGUUCAGCUUUAACCAUGAAGACGAAGAUAAUCUGCCAGAGGCACUUGCAGCCAUCUCCUCCCAGAGUACAGGAAAGUCAGGCUCUAGCAGCUCAUUGGACAAACAGAUACAGCCCUCCAUAUACCCACAGGUGGAUAAUAUGCCAGCACUGGAGCUGGGUAGUCCAUGCUGUCCCUCUCCUUCACCUUCCCCCCACUUGUCCCCUUCUUACUACCGUAGCUCCAUUCCUCACCUGGCCCCUUACCUUUCUGCCCAUAAUGACAGCGGAGAGGAAACAAGGUUGGACAGAGAGAAGAUACUGAGAGCCCUCCUGAUGACGGAGCUCUGAGACCUUGACCCUUGACCCCUGUGACAGACAAAAACAGGUGUUAACUGGAAGUGUAAAAAGAAGUCCCAAAGUCGUUGGCUGCAAUCAACAUUUGUAUAUUUGCAUAAUACGUUCAGCAGUUAUAAAUAUAUAUUUGCAUAAAGCCGAUUGUUAUAUUUGCUUAAAUGUUAUUUUAGAAGAAUGGUUCUUUAUAUUCAUCAAACUGAAACUGUAUAAACUAUAAGUGAGACAGAAUCAAAUGGACUCACUAGUUAACUGACUGACUCACACACACAAUACAGACAAGCUACAGAUAUGACUGGUGCUGCCUGCAUGAUACCUAUAUCACAAGAUGAAAUGUUUAUCUGAUUUGCAUUGGGGUUAUGUUUAGGUUUUUCCGUGAUUUCAUCAUCACUGUGUCCACGUUGAUGCCUAAACUGUGUUUCAGACAGCGACUGUUGAAGCAUUGAGCUAAACACUUUAAAAAAGCACUGCUGAAGUGGAAAGUCACUUCACUUUCUAAUCAGUUUCUUCAAAAUGUAAAUAGACAUUGUAAUAAAUAUGCUGAUACUGUAACAGAGCAGGCACUGUAAAUGCUUACUUCCUUAUUGUAUUUAUUCUUAUUCUUCAGACAUCCACUUUGACAUGCCAAAACAUGCGCAGCAUUUGAGGUUGAAGAAACUUCCUGAACAGAGUGAAAAUGAAUUGUGACGAGGUGUUGAGACUGGAUUGUACUGCGACUGUGAAGCUGCAGUCCCAAUCUGUCCACUAGAGGGAGACAAAUGUGCAAACACUGCUCCUGUAGCGCCUGUGUUACAGGUUGUCAUGACAAACAGAUCACGGAUCACUUUGCUUGAUUUUUUUUUUUUUUUUACAUGCCGUUUGUGUUUUCAUUACAGGUCAAAUGAAAAACUGUUCUCAGAUGUCAAGUUCCUGGAAAUUUGGUAUCAGUAAGCACGACCCUGCUGCUCGGCUUUCUUUUGUCACAACCACAUCUGAGGCAGCAUAUGAUCUGCUGCUGUACUGUAUGUGUUGAGUUGUUCCUGCCCUCAGUUGGAUCUUAAUAAAAGCCACAUCAUCGGUUUGACAA